AAAUGGGUGCCGCUCUGGAAGCCCUCAACUACUGUUGCAAUAUGAUGCACCAAAGAAUGGCAUGGGCAGGGAUUUAUAUUUUUAAUUGUAUUAUUGAAAAGAGCAACAGUGGUAGAUAAAUUGAGGAACUCAGCAGGUUUUGAAAUGUAGGCAUUCUCUUCAGAGGAAGAGUUGUGUCAGCGGUUUAAUGACGGCAAUCAUGAGAAUUUACUCAUAAGAAGACCUCAACAUUCAGUCCAGUCAUUUACUGACUUCUGAGGACCUGACUGAAGGUCUAAAUGGUGGAAAAGAUAUUAAUGGAGGAUUUAUGAAUUAAGUCUAAAAUAUGGCUGUAUCUAACUUCAUACUGAGGAGUUGCUGGCCCAUUUUAACCCUCCUCUGGAUCUGUGUGAGUGGAAACAGCUUUGACUUUCUAGAUCAAGAAGAAGACGAGAUUUUUCAUUCUGACAAACAGUCGACCCUGAGCUGGACGUCUGAACCGGACAGAGAGUGGGGCGAGGUCAAAAUGGGGAACAAACGCCCGGGUCCGGUUCUUCAGGCGUGUGGAAGACGAGUACAGAGAACGGUUUUGAGCCGCUGGAUGGAGCGUAAAGACGCUCACUUCCUUCUGAUGGAUGUUUCAUUCACCCAAGAAGAAGAGACAUCAGGUCAGCUGAGUCCUCUACAAGUCCACCUGUUUGACUCAGACACACCUUUCCCAAGGUUUAAAUAUGGCAGAUCAGUCCUGGACCUUCAGACCUCCAGGCCGUUCCCCGUCACCAUCAAGCCACAGGCUGUGCUGACUCACCUGAACCUGAGCCGGGCCCUCGAUCUUGGUCCAGUCAGCCACAGAGGCUUCCAGAUCGGCUUCUCAUAUUCAGGAACGUGUGUGCUAUUAACAUCCAUCAGACUGUACUACAGGAAGUGCUCUGACAUCACCGCUCACCUGGUCAAGUUUAAAGGGACAGGAGCAGGGUCUGGUCCAGCAAUGGGCUCCUGUGUUAAGGGGGCUGUGGAAGUUUCCCCCCCUGUUAGAGAGUGUUCUGUGGGCGGAGUCUGGGGUCCGCUACAAGGGGGCUGUACCUGUGAACAUGGACACCAUGUGAUAAGUCAUACCUGUGAAGCUUGUGAGCAGGGCUUCUACAAACCAGCCAAUGACAGUGGAAGAUGUAGACUUUGCCCCCCAAACAGCCGGACACACACUGAGGGAUCAGGGAUGUGUGUGUGUGUUGAGGGUUUCAGCCGCCUGACCUCUGACUCCACUGACAUCGGCUGCACCAAGCCUCCCUCUGCUCCACUGAACCCUUCGAUCCUUCGUCACAAUGGCUCCGUGCUGCUGAGCUGGGACCCUCCUCAUGACUUGGGAGGGAGACAGGAAGUGAUGUAUGACCUUACAUGUGAGGAGGUAGUGGAGGAUGGAGGUCAGUGGAGGACAUGUGGACCGGAAGUAGCUUUCCUGCCGGACUCAGCUGGUCUCAACAGUACCAUGGUCAAACUUUCAGGAUUGGAUCCAAAGAGUGACUACAGACUGUCUGUGAGAGCCUGGAACGAGGUGUCAGGCCUGCAGGGCGCGCCACCUUCAUCGACCACCAGCAUUACAAUUCACAGAUGGAAAGUUCCUCAUGCAGAUGUAACUGUGACUACAAGCUUCGUCACUUUACUCAUCAGUCCAUCUCCUCAGAAGAAAGCCUAUUUCUCCUCAUGGCUGGUUGUUGGAGUUUUAUUCUUCAUUCUGCUGCUCACGGCUAUGAUUCCCAUCGCAGUGUGUGUGCUGAGACACAGACGAACAAAAUUCAGGUCUGAUCAGGAAGUCCUUUUUUCCAUGAGCUCUGGAAUUUCAUACCGACGUCCUGAGGUGGUGGAGGCUGCCCCCCCAGCGACCGACACGGUCGGAGGAGGAGUGGAGCUGUUGGUGUUUGGUGACAGGCUGAAGGAUUUCCUGGUGGACAGAAACAAACUGACUCUGGGAAAAGAGCUUGGCAGAGGAGAGUUCGGUUCCGUCUAUGAGGGAGUCUUUUCCCCAAGUGAAGGUGUGAACAUGAAGGUGGCUGUGAAAACAAUGAGAGUUGGACUCCACAGUCAGGCAGACCUCCACGACUUCCUGAAAGAGGCGGAGCUUAUGCAGAACUUCCGCCAUGAAAACGUGGUCAGGCUGCUGGGCGUCACUGUUCAGAGAGAGCAAGAUUGUCCUCUGCCCGUCCCUCUGGUCAUUCUGCCCUACAUGAAACAUGGAGACCUCCGGCGCUUCCUCAUCGCUACACGUUAUGGAGACGUCCCGAUGUUUGUUCCUGUUCAGAGUCUUCUUCGCUUCAUGGUUGACAUUGCAGCAGGAAUGGAAUAUCUGAGCUCACAGGGCUUCCUGCACCGAGACCUCGCUGCUCGAAACUGCAUGCUGGGUGAUGACCUGCAUGUGUGUGUUGCUGACUUCGGCCUCUCUAAGAGAAUCUACAGCAGUAACUAUUACCGUCAGAGAGCAGCGGUCAGAGUGCCGAUUAAAUGGAUGUCAAUGGAAAGUCUGUCAGAGUCUGUUUACAGCAUCAAGAGUGACGUGUGGUCGUUUGGGGUGACCAUGUGGGAGAUUCUUUCUCGGGGACGGACUCCGUAUCCUGGAGUCAAUAACCAUGAGCUGUUGGAUCUGCUGCGGUCCGGAUUCAGAAUGAAGCCACCUGAAGAAUGUGACAACAGAUUGUACGAGGUGAUGAGGAGCUGCUGGGAUGAAGAUCCCAUCCUGCGGCCGGCCUUUGGGGCUCUGGUUCAGACUCUGAAAGGUUUUCUGUCUGAGCUGCCGGAGUUGGAUGUGAGUGAGGAGGCUAACUACAUCAACCAGGGCCUGCAGGCUGCUGCUGCUGCUCCACCACACACUGACGGGAGGGGGAAGAACAUCUACCUGUGUGCACCCGUGGGAGCUGCAGCCAGAGAGGAGGAGGUGGAGUUGGAGGAUGGAUACCUGAAGUACAUAAGGGAGAAUGAUAACAAAUAGACAGGUGUGUUUAUAACGUGUGGCCCUCUUAUGAGCAGAGGCUCAGUUUUUGAGGGUCAGGACUUCAGUACUUUGAGUUUUUAAUCUUUGUGAACAAACUCGGCAACCCUGACCACAAACAUUUUGGAGGCAAAGGAAACUGACCACAGUGACGAAUAGAUGCCAGAUUAUGUACAGAUGUGUUUAACAUAUUUAAUUCCAUUAAUGUUAAAAUACAGUUGGACCCAAAUCAUCAUCAGAAUCAUGAAUCAUCAGGUUUUAUGUGAACAUAUCAUUUCUAUAUUAUAACUUGAUUUCCUGUUGUCACUGUGAGAGGUUCAGCAUCUGAUGAGUGAUACAUUUCAGAAGGUUUCUGUUUUCACUUUCAACAUGAAGAGGAGACAACGCAGAGAAAUAAAAGGCAUCACUUUGAAAGUUCCCCACGGGAGCUUUGAGCCACCUUCACAGAGAACAAAGCUGAACUGUAUCCUCACUGUUGUAUAUAAAAAUCCCAAAUAACAUAAAUGUAGAAUGUAUAAAGACCAAAUAUAUCUGUUUUUAUCAGACAUGUGAA